GAAAACAAGACAAAACACUCCCCAUAAUGUCGCCCCGCUUCUCUCCUCGUCUCCUCUCCUUCCCUUUCUAAAUCGGGGCGUCGGUACCCAAAUCCGUCACUUUUAGGGCUUCUUGCCUUCAAACCUUCCUUCACAUUUUCGUGAUAAUAUAACGACAAUCGAAUCAACGUUUACUCCCAAUAAGUCCCCGUUCCCGGUGCCCAUGGACCGAAAGAGCAAGUUCUUGACGACACAAAACCCAAGAAGUUCUAGGGUUUUGGGUAUCGAGAAGGGGAAAAGCAAGUUGGUGUCUUUGGAAGAGGGCAGCGCUGACUUGGAUGAAGCGGAGGUUUGGAAAAGAUUUGAGGAGGCAGGGCUACUGGAUGAAUCGAAGUUGAGAUGGAAAGAUAGAGAGGCACUCGUCGAAAGGAUCCACGAACUGGAAAAAGAGCUUUAUGAUUACCAAUAUCAUAUGGGCCUUCUUCUUAUCGAGAAAGAGAAACAGGCUUCAGAAUACGAGGAGAUGAGGCAGGCGCUGGCAGAAGCUGAUGGAAUCUUUAACAAGGAACAAACAACACACAUGAUUGCUAUAGCUGAAUUUGAAAAGCGAGAGGAAAAUUUCCAAAAAGCUUUGAUGGCCGAGAAGCAAUGCAUUGAAGAUCUGAAGGUUCAGAAGCUCCUUGGUGAUCUUAAGUUGUCUCUGGAUUCCAAGAAUCAAGAAUUCGAGUUGGAGUUGGAUAAAAAAAGAAAUUCCUUCGAGGAAGAUCUUAAAGAGAAACUGGAUGAUCUGGAGAAGAAGAAAAUUGAGAUUAGCUAUAGAGAAGAGCAAAAUUUGAUGAGAGAGCAAUUAUUGGAGGGCAAAAUGCAGCAGCUGCAGGAUAAGGAAAAGGAGAGUGAUGCGAAUUUUAGAUUAUUGAAGGAGAGGGAAGAAUCUUUGUAUAGAGAAGAGCAGAAACUGAAGGCUGGAGAAGUGCAGCUAGCUGUAGAUAUUCAAAAGUUGGUUGCUUCUAAGGCCGAACUUGAGAGCUCAAGAGCUGCAAUUUAUAUCGACAAACAGGAAGUCGUUGGAGAGAAGGAGAAUCUCAAAUCAAUGCAACUGGAAAUAAAACAGGAAAUUGGUAAUUGCAGGGUUAUGAAAGAAUCCCUUACAACAGAAACUGAAGUGUUUAUCCAUGAGAAAACCAAAUUUGAUAGAGAGCUACAGGUAUUGGAUGAGAGAAGGGGAGCUCUAGAAACGGAGCGGAAGCAGCUCAACCAUGACAAAGAAGCAUUUAAUGACUGGCGAUGCCUUGAAGAGGAGAAGCUCAAGUCGUUGCAACUAAAAGUUAAAGAGGAAGCUGGUAGUUGUAGGAUCAUGAAAGAAUCUCUUAUGAAGGAAACCGAAGAGCUGAUUCAGGAGAAACAUAAAUAUGAUAGGAUGUUAGACGAGAGAAAGAGAGCCCUAGAAACAGAGUUGAAACAGGUCAAUCAUGAUAGAAAGUCAUUCAAUGACUGGCGAUGUAUUGAAGAGGAGAAACUGAGGAAAAUGAGGAUUGAUAUCCAACAGGAGUCUGAAGAACUCAGAUUGAGGAAAGAGGCUUUGGAGAAGGAAUACUCUGAUUAUUCUCGCGUGCUUGAGAGGAUGAUGCAGGUGGUGGAGGAAAAGGAAGAUAAAUUGUGUGAAAGAGAAAAUAAGCUUAGAAGGGGAAAUCAAAUGAAGAUGAGUGUUGUAAGAUCACCAAACUCCUUUGAUGAAUCAAACUUUCCUGAAGAAACUAAAAGAAGAAAGCUCGAGAUUGACCAAUUUGAGGUACAAAAUGCUGACAGAGAGCAAAACAAUCUGGUGGAUGCUCAUGUAGGGCUUACUAAAGAGAGAGAUCACUUCCUUGCUGUGGCCGCACAGUGUAAGGUCUGCAGGAAUUGUGGUGUUACAGCUAGUGAAUUAGAUUCUACAGACCUCCAGACUCCCAGCAGAUCUACGACUGAGCAGAAUAACCGUUUGGAGGAGCGUAAGGAUGGUCCUCGGUCUGUUCAUUUGAGUGGCCACUUCUCAUCACUUAGAAAAUGUUCAAUGCAAUUCAGUUCAUCUCCUAGAGAAACAGUUGGAUGUCGAAUUGAAGGGAUGUCUUCAGAGCCCAUCUCAUUCGGUGAAGAAACUUCAAAGUCGAAACCUAAAUAUGAUAAAGCCAGUUCCGAAAUUGGUUCUAGGGACAGUAAAAUAUCAGAAAGAUUGUCUAAAGAUGAACCAGAAACUUCUUUGGAGACAGAAGGUACUUAUAUUAGAAAGAGGGAAGGUGAACUCAAUGUUUCGUUCAAUGAUUUACCAGAUAAGGAGGAUGAAUCCAAACAUCAGAAUUUAUCAGCAAAACAGAGAGGUGGGCAUCAGAACAGUAGAGAUCAAUCUGACACUAUCAAAGAUAUCAACUCUGUCCAGUCCGUUGUUGAGGAUUCUAAAGUUAUCCUCGAGGAAACUUCAGAAGAAAAAGAACUACGAACAAGGAACGAGAAAGCAAAAGAUGUGGUGGAUAUUGAUGAAGGAAGACAUCAAGGUUUGGUCCAUGCUGAUCAGAAGGAAACAAGCAAGGAUCAAAAGCAGAAUAUUUAUCUUGCUGCUGGCCUGACAACUGGGCAGCUGGCUUCUAAGGGUGAUGAAGUGUUAUCUGCGAAUUUAUCGGUUGGAGGAAGCCGAAAAAAGCAUCAAACUUCUGUUCCUGGAACACCAACCAGUGGAGAAAAACGUUAUAAUUUCAGACGCUCCACCAUAAACAGGACCCGGCAUUUUUCUGCAGAAGAUUGAAACAGCACAAUCUGACAUAUUUUGGUUGGAAGCAACUUGACCUCUUAGCUGAAAUGUCAAACUUUGGGAAUAAUACACAAUAACCGAGAUGAGGAUGCUAAAGAAAGCUCAUGGAGAAUAGCAGAGCGAGCUGCAGCAGCAACACCUUUGGUGGAGGACAACAUACAAAACAAUUGAAGAAGCUUGGUGUACAUCCUUUUCGCGCUGUAUUCUUUUUAAAUUCAUAUUAUUCUCGAAGUUCUGGAGUACCAUAUACAAAGUUUAACGGUAUAUAGUUGCAUAUAUUGGUCUUCUCCUGUUGUGUAUAUGUCGUCUAGUUCUUGGCAAGCACAUGUUUUAAUGCUCAUCUUAUGAUGCUUUUAUUGGGAAAAGAUUGAAGAAUUUACAGUAAAGUUUCAGUUAUUUUGAUC